AAGGGGUCUUCUGUUGUUCGCUGUUAAUGUAUGUCAAUUCCGAUAGUAACUGUACGCAUGCAUGGUGAGUGCCCACGGACAAAAACCAGCACGUAGUACACAUAGCGCUACAAACAUGCUUGACACUCUAAGUCAGCGGUAUGAGGACAUGUAGCAUGACAACAUACCUAGAUAAAUAUGUCACUGUGGCGAACCGCUUGCAGUAUGUGCAAAGGGUGAACAUGCAACACAUAGGGGCCUGAACUACAGGGCUGAUAGGGUCUUGGCGUUCCUGCUGCAGUUGAGGCAGAGGUUAACAUUAUACUAAUUUCAUGGCACACAGCCAUGGAAUGUGACAAUCCCCAGGUUUCACCAGUACAGGAAAAUAGUUCUAACAUUCCGUCAAAGGGAGACGACUCCUUGAGCCAAAUAUCUGAGAUGGACAUUCCCAGUGGAGUGGAGAUCACAUGGGACGAAGGAAAAAGCAAAGGAAACGAAGAAACAAAAGAGAAAAUGUUAAAUAAACCAGACGACACAGAACCGCCUGUAACAAGUGAAAUAACACACGAUGACGACAAAAAAUUAGUCGAAGACAAGGAAUUAGGUGGUGCAGAAGACAAACAGACGCUGUCAAAAACAAACUACAAACAACUGGCUGUGAUAAGAAACAAAACUCAAGAUGAUAAUGGAGAAGAGCUCGAUGAGACAGAGGACAAAGUAUUAAAUGACACAAACGACAAGAAACAGGCAAUGACAAAUGGAAACAAACAUGAUGAAAGCAGAGAAUUACAUGGAGACGAUGAAUUGGAGGCCGAUGUAAACACACAAGAUGUAACACCUUUAAAGACAUCUAAUAAAACACAAGAGAAGGUAACGGAACAGAGUGAACACGAUGUUGAAAUAUGUUUGACUCCUCAUUUAGGUAGUGAAUUACAGCUCGAUGAAAGUGAUGUGGAUAGCAUUGCUGAAGAGAAUUCAGUUUCUGGCGACAUAAUUAUAAGCAAGAAUGAGAAUGAAUCUCUGGUGGCUUCUCCUCUUGUGAGAUCUAGUACAGUAAAUCCAUCAGUAGACGGCGUCAAUCCAGACAACGCUGAGGAAGUCACAAGGGCUGUCGACAGCGAAAUUGCGGUCCAAACGAUGUCUAAUGAAGAUCAUGCCACCAAUAGCGUCACGAUGGAAACAGGGACUCUUAAGCAAAUAGGUUCAGAGGAAAAUGAAGGAUCUGAAUCAGGAAACCAGGAAAAGCCAUCAAAUCCCGAUGUUAGUGACAAAUCUGGUCAAACAGGCCAAAAGGUCACAUUUUCCAGCCAAGGUAUGAAGGUUGCCGAAUUCAGAUUAAGCGAGGGAGCACUACGGCUAAAACAAGAACUGGAGGACAUGCGUCUUGAGGAAGAAAGGCAAAAUAUGCUGGAGAAAGAAAAGAAAAAAGCUGAAGUGGCAAAACUGAAGGCGAAGCUAGCCAAGGCUCGCACCAAGCGAAAUGUAAGCUUAGACAUGAAUACGGAUCUCUAUAAAAAGUUCAUUAGCAAUGAGCUGGUAAAAGAGGAAGUAAUAGCACUUACAGACGAACGAGAGAGACAAAACCAGCAGACGAGACAAAUGGCACGUGAUAUAGACAAGAAACACGGCAUCAGCGAACGCCGGAAAGCCGGGAGUAUGAACAAAAUCAUUAGGAGACUGGAGGCAGAGGCCAAACAACAGGCGAGAAACGACGAGAUCACGCGAGAGCUCACGAGAGAGGAAAUACAGGAUCUUCACAUUGCUUUUGAUAUGUUCGAUACGAAACGAAGAGGACUUAUCACAAUAUCUGACCUGAAACGAUUGUUGAAGAUGUUAAAAUUUGGUGUAAGCAAAGGAGUACUCAAGGAUUCAAUCUCCAACUUGGACAAAACAAAGCGAGGUAUCGUGGACUUCAAUGAUUUCCUCCAGCUAGUGGUUAUUGGUCAAGGCGACGGGCCUGAUCCCUUCGAGGAGAUAGUACAGGGGUUUAAUUUGAUUGACACAGAGGACAAAGGUUACAUUACAUUCGAGGACCUUCGGGCGGCCGCUGACGUCACAAACGCCAUGUUCUCGAACACGAUGCUGCGCGAGAUGAUGGAAGAAGCCGACGUUACCGGAGAUGGCCGGGUAUCGCGGCGGGAGUUCAUCAGCAUCAUGCUGGAUACUAACAGAUAUCGGGCCAUCAAACGCGCAAUGUUAAGCUGAAACUGUGGCUUGAGUGUAUCUUUUUUUUUUUUAACAAAAAGCUAAUAAACAUCAAAGCUGACUUUGCUGUGUA